AGGUAUCUCUUCGGUUCUUGUUAUGGGUAUAAUGGAGUUGUUUGCUGGGUGCCGUGGCGCGUCCCGGUCCGUUCCAUCGGCGAUGCAGUUUUUCCUCCUUUUUUCCUGCUUUUUAGUUGCAGGUAUUUUUGCUUCGCAGAUCUCUGCGGAGCACGGCGAAACAGAGACGUAUAGCGAGCUACGCAGCAAGGGAAAUGAUCCUACUGAGCAAGUACAGGGCGAGGAGUACGACCCCAUUGAGCAGGUACAGGGCGAGGAGCACGACCCCAUUGAGCAGGUACAGGGCGAGGAGCACGACCCCAUUGAGCAGGUACAGGGCGAGGAGUACAACCCCAUUGAGCAGGUACAGGGCGAGGAGCACGACCCCAUUGAGCAGGUGCAAGGGGAGGAGAACGACCCUAUUGAGCAAGGCGAGGAGUACGACCCUAUUGAGCAGGUACAGGGUGAGGAGUACGACCCCAUUGAGCAGGUACAGGGAGAGGAGUAUGACCCCAUUGAGCAGGUACAGGGCGAGGAGCACGACCCCAUUGAGCAGGUGCAAGGGGAGGAGAACGACCCUAUUGAGCAAGGCGAGGAGUACGACCCUAUUGAGCAGGUACAGGGUGAGGAGUACGACCCCAUUGAGCAGGUACAGGGAGAGGAGUAUGACCCCAUUGAGCAGGUACAGGGCGAGGAGCACGACCCUAUUGAGCAGGUGCAAGGCGAGGAGAACGACCCUAUUGAGCAGGUGCAAGGCGAGGAGAACGACCCUAUUGAGCAAGGCGAGGAGUAUGACCCUAUUGAGCAGGUACAGGGCGAGGAGUAUGACCCUAUUGAGCAGGUACAGGGCGAGGAGAACGACCCUAUUGAGCAGGUACAGGGCGAGGAGUAUGACCCUAUUGAGCAGGUACAGGGCGAGGAGCACGACCCCAUUGCGCAGGGCGAGGAGCACGACCCCAUUGCGCAGGGCGAGGAGCACGACCCCAUUGCGCAGGGCGAGGAGCACGACCCCAUUGCGCAGGGCGAGGAGCACGACCCCAUUGCGCAGGGCGAGGAGCACGACCCCAUUGCGCAGGGCGAGGAGCACGACCCCAUUGCGCAGGGUGAGGAGCACGACCCCAUUGCGCAGGGCGAGGAGCACGACCCCAUUGCGCAGGGCGAGGAGCACGACCCCAUUGCGCAGGGCGAGGAGCACGACCCCAUUGCGCAGGGCGAGGAGCACGACCCCAUUGCGCAGGGCGAGGAGCACGACCCCAUUGUGCAGGUGCAGGGCGAGGAGCACGACCCCAUUGUGCAGGUGCAGGGCGAGGAGCACGACCCCAUUGUGCAGGUGCAGGGCGAGGAGCACGACCCCAUUGUGCAGGUGCAGGGCGAGGAGCACGACCCCAUUGUGCAGGUGCAGGGCGAGGAGCACGACCCCAUUGAGCAGGUGCAGGGCGAGGAGCACGAUACCAUUCAGCAUGUUGAGACGGAGAUACACAGUGAGGAAAAUGUUCCGGUUCAACCUUCAAUACAACCAAGGCCUUACCCUGUGAAGUUUAUUCCGCCUUACGGCAUCCCAGUGCCUGUCACUCCCUUUCCUUUCAAGCUGCUUAGCCCUCGGGUGAUCCCUGUCAACGCGCCCGUGCCGCCUGAGCUCCAAAAGGUCAUGAAUCCCAAGCCUGUUCCUAUGCCCCGGCCGCUACCCAUUAGUCUUGCUGCAGCGGUCCGCGUGUUGUGCAGCGAAAACAAAAUGUACGUGAGGGUAAGGACUGACCUGUACGGAUUCAAGUGUAAAGCAGGCCAGUUGACUCUGGGGACCAGCUGCAGAAGCAAUGGAGUCUCUGGUGGGUAUCUUCUCUUUACAUACGGCCUCAAAGAAUGUGGAAGCCAGGCGUCUGUGAGUAUCCCAUGCUGUAGAGAGUUCUGACUUUACAUAUUUCUA